AUGUCUGAUUUAGAUGAAGAUUUAUUAGCAUUGGCUGGUGCUGAUGAAGAGGACGAGGAAGAAGUUUUAACCACCACAAAUAAGAGAACUAAGGGCUCCUCCAACUCCCAAGUGAAAAAGAGACGGAUUGAAGUUGAUAGUGAGGAUGAGGAAGAUGACUACAACCCGGACGACGGCUAUGAACCGGUAGAUGUAAGUGACAAAGAAGAGGAAGAAGAGGAAGAGAAUCCAUUCCCACUUGAAGGAAAAUAUAAAGACACUGCUGACCGUGAUCAUUUGGAAUCGUUACCUGAAAUGGAGCGUGAAACUAUACUGUUCGAAAGAUCUCAGGUUAUGAGGAAGUACCAAGAAAGAAAACUGUUCAGAGAGCGUGGCAGGAACUUAAAACAACAAAAAAUUCAAGCGGGUGAGGAUUCACAAAAGACUAGAUCGUCCAAUAGAUCAACAAGAGCCACAGGCCAUUCUGAUAUAAAAGCUUCAAAAUUAUCACAACUGAAAAAACAACGAGAAAGAAAGAGCAAAGGACGUAGAAGUUCUGAUUACGAAGAAAGUGAUGAGGAUAAUUACGGCGAUGAGGAUGAGUUCAAGGAUGAUUUUAUUGAAGAAGAUAGCGAUUACAAAGAAAACGAUGAUGACGAGGAAGGUUAUGACCCAUACGCUAGAAAAUCCAAGUACGCGCAGGAUAAUGAUGAGGAAGAAGAUGAGGAAGUUGAAUGGGCUGAACAACUAGACAGAGAUGCUGAGGUACAAGACUUCAAUAAAAUACGAAUUGGUCGUUCAUUUGUCGCAAAGUACUGUUUUUAUCCUGGCUUUAAUGAACUAAUCCAAGGCUGCUAUGGACGUGUCAAUGUUGGUGUCGAUAAAAGAACUGGUAAUGCUGCAUACAGGAUGGUGAAAAUUGAGAAAGUGUUUUUACAAAAACCUUACAAUAUGGGCAAAUUUUUUACCAACCAAUAUUUUGGUGUGACUCAAGGUAAAGAUAGAAAGGUAUUUCAGAUGAACUUCUUCAGUGAUGGACCUUUUGUCGAACAAGAAUUUGAGCGUUACCUAAAAGCGCUUGAUAGUUCGAAUAUACCUAAGCCUUCUCCUUAUAAUAUAAAAACUAAGUUUAAGGAAAUUAGCGAAUUCAUAUCACAACCUCUAACUGAGAAGCUUACCGAUGAAAUUGUGCGCAAUAGAAUGGUAUUGAAUAAGAAACUUUCUGGUACAAACGCUGUUUUAGAGAAGACAAUACUAAAGGACAAGCUUCGCUAUGCCAAAGAAAAUGGUAACGAGCAUGACAUUGCAAAAUAUUCUAAACAGUUAAGAAACUUUGAAAAACGCAUGGCGAUGUAUGAGAAACAUCAUGAAAAUGAUCAAGCUGAUAUUAAGAAGCUUGAAGGCCUAACUUCGAAGAACAGAAAGCUAAAUAUGAACAGAAUAAGAAACGCAGAGAGUAUCAAGAAAGAAGAGGAUGUCAAUUUCGAUUCCAAGAGUGAUCCUUUCAGUAGAUUAAAGACAAGAACAAAGGUCUACUACCAAGAAAUUCAAAAGGAGGAAAAUGAAAAGGCAAAAGAAGAAGCUGCACAAGAACAAUUGAAGAUCGAUGAGGAAACAAAGAAAGAAAAGGAGAAACAACUGAUGUUAGCAGAGUUUAGGAGACUAGGAGGUCUACAAAAGAUCAUUGGCUCCAUCAAUGUUGAUAUUAAAUUGGAUAUUUAG